AUGGACAUCCUCGCCUCACCGUCCGCCUCCGCCGGCCGCCUCUUCAACACCGGAGGCCCGCCGCCCCGCUUCUCCGACGACGGCGUCAAGGAUUCCACCGGCGAGGACGCCGCCUCCGACCGCCGCCCUGAGCGGGACCCCUCCAUCCCCAAGCUCUUCACCGGAGACGUGCUGGACCUGUUCCCCGAGGCUGCGAGGCGGGACCUGCUGCUGGCGUUGGCGGAGGACGGCGGCGCGGCGUCCAUGAUCACCGGCUUCUCCCCGCGCGGGUGGUGGGUCUCCAAGGAGGAUGCCAGGAUGGCGACGCAGUGCAGCUGA